AUGGAGUUCUUGUUUCUCACCUUGUAUUUCUCUUUCUUCGUCUCGCUCUGCGCCCUGGUGUGCCUUUAUUUUUCUGGAUGCCAAGAAAUGACUUACAAGCACGAAGAUGCAUGCUGUGGGGAUAUAUUUUGGAUAUGAUACAGACUUUCUUAGCUCAGAAACUUACUCAACCACGGAUACAACGGACAAAAUUCCAGCAACCCCUGGAGACAUCUUGCCACGGGUGAUGGUUUAUUCAUUAAGAACGGACGAAUUAUCAACGAUGACCACUCCUUCUAUGCCGAUGUCUACGUGGAAGACGGACUUA